UCACGUCCUGCUGGGUGCUUACUUACAACAAGACCCCUCAAACCUUAGCUGAGGAAACUUGGAGGAGGAACACUGGUGUGAGUAGGGGUGGGGGGAUGGGUGGUUCACAAGCCUUUUGUGUAGAAGCAGCUUAUCAGAGCUACAGUCUUGCAAAUAUAGCAGCUGUUUCAUUAGAGUGUAUUAAUUGGUGUAGUCGUAAGUGGUACUGUGUAUUUGCCCUGGAAGUUGAGGGUGAAGCCAGUAAUAUCCGUUAAACUGCUACAACAGAAGGAGGUGUUCUCAGAAUUCUCCUUCUCACCAUUAGCUGGCAUCAUUCUUUUCCUGCCCUAAUGUAUGUGGAGUACCGUGGUUUACUCAGCGUUCAAACUAGUCUAGCUGUUUAAGAUGAAAACCACAACUGUACAACUAUCUGGGAGCCAGUGAACGAUUUCUAUCUCCUCUUUUUCCCUUCCUGUUGACACAAAAGGUGAUACUGCAAGUUGUUAGAAAAACCAACCAACCAAAAAAAACCCCAAACCCCAACAUUUUGUGAAGCAGCCUGCCAUGUGGAUAAUUUAGCGUUUUUGUUACUGUGGAGUUUUGAGACUCAGCUCUCAAAUAGUUCCAUGUUUACUCAGGAAUGCUACAGCCAAUUGCAAGAAUGGAGAGAAGGGGAGAAUGUGUCAAUUAUCUGCAUAAGAUGUUCAUGUUUGGUGCCACAUUUCAUGUGUUUUUAUAUCCACUGAAGCAAAGUAAGGAAAGUGCUGUGCUGGGGCAGUGUGUGUGCAUGGCUUAGAGCUGAAUAGAUGGAAAUGGUUAAAAGGGGUUCUCUGCUAGAGAGGAGGAGGGGAGAGUAAGAGUGCAUUCCCAAAAAAGUACAUUCCCAAAAUAAAAGGCUUACAUCAUGGACCUCUUCAGCUUUCCCACACUUCUUUCCUAAUUAUUGUCCUGCAGGACAGCUGAUCUAUUUCAAACAGGAAGCUGUUUACAGAUAACACUUGCAACUGUUUUGUCUGAUUUGUUGAACUGUCGAAAAGCAAAAGACAACCUCUUUUCAAAUUAAAAACUGUCAGACUUCUGUAAACAGCAGCAAUGAGGUUCAUCUGUGCAGUGUCCCUGCAGGCACAGAGCGUUCUGCAGUUCCCGUUUUCUCAGGAACCAUAAGCUAUUUCUAUGUACCAGCCAUAUGAUUUCUCUUAAUCUAGGGAGUCACUUUGGAGUCAGUGACCUGUAAGUGCUCAUUAUGAAGAGAGAUCUGGUUUUCUUGGUGACUCUAAUUAGCCUUGCCUUCCUGUCACUGCUAAGGUCUGGAUAUCCUCAACAUAUUGCAGAGGAGUCCUGCUCUGUUCAAAUUCUUGUUCCAGGCCUCAAAGGGGAGGCUGGAGAAAAGGGGGAGAAAGGUGCUCCCGGUCGUCCAGGCAGAGUUGGGCCUCCAGGAGAAAAAGGAGAAAUGGGGGACAAAGGACAGAAAGGCAGCAUGGGACGGCAUGGAAAAAUUGGUCCUAUUGGUUCAAAAGGUGAAAAAGGAGACAUAGGUGACAUAGGACCACCAGGUCCUAAUGGUGACCCAGGCAUCCCCUGUGAGUGCAGCCAGCUAAGGAAGGCUAUUGGUGAGAUGGAUAUCCAAGUGGCCCAGCUGACAACAGAACUAAAAUUCAUAAAAAAUGCACUGCCCUCCCCCGCAGCUGUUGCUGGUGUGCGUGAGACAGAUAAUAAGAUAUAUCUGCUGGUGAAGGAAGAGAAAAGAUACAAGGAAGCCCAGCUCUACUGCCAUGGAAGAGGAGGGACGCUGAGCAUGCCCAAGGAUGAGACUGCCAACAAUCUGAUCGCCUCAUACAUCAACCAGGCUGGGCUCACCAGAGUUUUCAUUGGGAUUAACGACUUAGAGAAAGAGGGAAAUUUUGUCUAUUCUGACCGAUCACCCAUGCAGACCUUCAACAAAUGGCGCAGUGGGGAGCCCAACAAUGCCUAUGACGAGGAGGACUGUGUGGAGAUGGUGGCGUCUGGAGGGUGGAAUGAUGUUGCGUGUCAUAUUACCAUGUAUUUUGUGUGUGAAUUUGACAAGGAAAAUGUGUAAGCUUGUCUGCUCUUUCUUUAUUUCAAGAAAAGAUUUUAAGCCGAUUGUCCAAGUUACUCCAUGUUUAUAAAGUACAAAUGAUAUUUUGCAAGUAUGUAGCGUCAACGUUGUACAGCUGUAAAUACAAUUUAGGUAUUUCAAAUAUCAGUAUUUACCCUUCAGAAGGGAAGAGCAAUGAUGAGACAUAGCUUGGUUUUUCUGUAGGAAAUAUAUGUAUUUAGAUAAAAAUGUGGUUUGGGGCCAGAUUCUGCCGUCACAACAGUUAACGUAUGUGACUGGGUGACUGUAAGGGAAGGCGGAAUUUGGCCUCUAGUUGUCAGAAUGAUUAUUUCUGAAGAAGUAGAUUCCUGAUAUUCUUUUAUCUUAGCAAAAUUUGUAGCUAUAAAUGUUAAUUGCUUGUAGUGCUACAGGGAUAUUUCCGUAACAAGGCAACUAUUUUGUAUACUCCAGUUAAUAACUACAAAUAUUACUGUAAGGUUUUGGAUGUGAAGGUGUCACAACUCUCUUCUUUUUAAAACAGCCAAAGCAAACCAACAAAUCAGGAGUCCUACCAAUUUUAUAACAUGACUUUAUUAAACUGUUCACAGUUGUAUAGGAGACACUUAAGUAAACUGUGUUUCAGUGCUGAGAGAGGACAGAGUUCUUAUAAUUUAGUAUUGAAAGAGAGAUCCAGCCAGAUGGCUGUUUUGGGGUUGGCUAAAGGUAAAUGUGAGAUUUUGGUUUUCUGCAUUCUGUAACUGAGAAUGAUUCAGCGCAUGAACUAUUUAGGCCCCAAAUAAUUCUUAAAGUACAUGCAUUUCACAUUCGCAUAAGGUGAUCUUGGUGUAUCUUGUUACAAACCAAACAGAAUACCACUCUCCACAAUUUAAUGCAGACUUCAUAAAUAGAUAACGAAUUGUCAGAUUGUAAGGUUGACCCCCUGAAAAGCAGCAAAAGUUUCCAAGAUUUUCCUCACUGUGUAUAUAGCAGUAAUAACUAACUUUGCACAAAUGAUUUUUGUACCACAUUUACAAUUGCAUGUGAUGGGAAAAUGUGAUGUGCAUUAAAAUAAAACCCAACAACAUAAUUUCACAAAGGAAAUACUUUGGAUCUUCCUAGGAGCCAGUUGCAUGACGUCUUAUCUUCCUGUCAGGAAUAGAAAGAUUGCUUCAGAAUCUCUGACUGUGUUUCCUCAGCAGUACCUUGCAGAGUGUUUUAAGUUGAUUUUUAAGGAGGAACGAUCCUUUGUAUAACAUAGUAAUCAAAAUACGUAUCUGAUCAUUAUCAGAGAUUAGUCUACAACAUAUCCACAGAGGAUGUGGCAUGUGGUUCCAGAGAUUUCCCUGUAGCAAAGCAAGACCAACUCGUAUCAACUCUGCAGUGCUGUGGUAUAUAAAUAAUGACCACACAAUUCUAUUCAUAUCCACAGAAUCUGAAAAUACUUGAUGCAAUGCUGUUAUUUUAUACCUAAGAAAACAAACCAUUUUGAUUGCUGUAUUUGCUCUGUGAAUUUGAAUCCAUUAUAUAUAUAAUUUUAUAUAUAUAAUGGAUAUUAUUAAUAUUAUUUUUGAAGAUCAGUAGCAAAUUCCUCUGUUAUUUGAAUAUCAGCCUGGCUCCAGAGCAGUAGUUCUAAGAAGUGAGCAUUCAUUUGAUUGCUUUUGCUUUCUUUGCUAUAAAAGUAGGUAUCAGUCCUGUAUGUUAGGCAUUCUUCCAACUGUAUAUUGAAAUCUAUUAAAUAAUGCGAAUAUGGUUCUACAAUAAUAUUCAAAGACUCUUUACAGAUUUUGCAGGAAGCUAAGAAUUUCAUGGUAUGAGUUGUUUGUUUAGAAUAGUGCCUUUUGAAUAUCAUGAUUGUUUCCUGCCUGCUGUAGAAAUCCUCAGAAGCCAUUUAAAUCUCCAACAUACUUUUGUUGAAUCAUUGUAGCUGUAUUAAAACAGACCACACCUGAAUUACAGAUACCUGGAGCUCCCUCAUUAUGUAUGUGCUGAAGUUGCUAACUUUAUUGUUCACCCAGGUUUUGAAAGUCUCUAUUGUAAUGUUUGAUUUCCUCAGAAACAUGAAAAGAGGCCUUUUGAGAAGGUGGGAAGCUUUUUCAGAUGCCAAAUACUCCCAUGUUUAUAAAGAUUGAUUUGACAUGUAGAGCAUUUAAGCAGUCUCAAUUCCUGUUAAAAUUUAAGAUUAAAAAUAAAGGCAAUGGAGAAAACA